AUGGAAAGUAACCUUGAUCCAACGGUUAUCAGUAGCCUUGAUAAUGCCUAUCAUGGAAAUGUCGAUAAUUAUCUAUUGAAUAACGACCCAACGGCAGUCGAUUCGACAAUGAAUGACCCGACUGCUGUGGUAACUAAAAAGAGGAAACCAAUAGUGAAACUAACUGCUGAAAGACUAUUGUCGGAUAACGGUUUACCAUACGUUAUGAAAAAUGCAAGAAAAAGAAUACACAUCUCUAAAAAUAAAAGUCCCUGUGACAAUUUUAAUAAUAUAUUAUUGUUUUAUCAAUUGUGGGCCCAUAAUCUGUAUCCAAAGGCAAAAUUUAAAGAUUUUAUUAAAUUAGCACAAGGUUUAGGGAAAUCAGACAAAAUUUUAAGGGAAUAUCGAUCAGCUUUGUUUAGAAAAGAAAUGGGUUUAAUUGAUGAUGACGAGUUGAAUAGACUAGUGAAUUUCUUACAAAACAAUGAUGAAGUUAUCCCAAUCCAAGAAGAUAGUACUCAUGAUCCAAAUGCGGUGGAAAAUAAUGCAGACGCAACACAUCAUGAAUCAAGCAUCUUAGAUCUAGAGCAAGGAAAUCAACCUCAGAAGAAACAUCUGUUUGAAGUAAAUUCUGAUCUAUCGGAUGCUGAUGAAGAAGACCAGAUUUACAAUGUCACGAGACCCACAACGGAAGAUAAUACAAUAACUAUACCAUUGAACAAUAGUGGCAACAAUGAAGAAGAGGCAUUGCUACUAGAGAUGGAAGAACAACAAGCUGGAAUCACAAAGAGGAAUGCUAAAGUAAUAUCAGAUGACGAGGAAGAACUCGAAUUAUUGAAAGACUUCGAAAUGGAACAACAGAAGCUGGAAACACAUAAUGAUGUUGUUCAAGAGCAUAUGGAAGAAGACGAAAUGGAAUUAAUGAGGGGAAUGUAA